UUUGUCCUCUUGUCCGAUACAAAACAAUUUGCACGCCUGCAGCGGCAACCGCGUGUGGUGGCUUCCAGCGGGCUCUCACGCAUUGUCAAGUCUCAAUCCGAUUCGAACGGUCAGCGAAGUCGAACGUGCGAACGAGCGUCCGCUCAUAACACUCGAGUCGUGUCCACCAACAGUGAUGGCGUGUGCGUACGUACGUGCUAAAUAAGCAAAGAUCCCGCGCAAAACCCGCACCACAACCUGGUGUUCGAACUUUGGCGCGUCAGCCAACGAGAACCGUGAAACGGCGAAGUUGCUAUAGUUGCGGAAGCGUCACUAGCCGGCUGCACAGUGUUCGGUGGAGGCUGUUGGACUAAACCUGUUUUUCUCUUUCGCGGUGAUCGUGAUCGUAGUGUUGUGAUCUUCCUGAGUGUUUUUUUUUUCGUUCAAACUGGUGUUUCGCCAUGAAUUGGAGUUUGUGGUGAUAGGGAUUUUAGUGCGGAAGUUCCAGGAUUGCGACAAACGAGUCACAACCGAAGUGAGAGUGAGUGUUUUACGCGAUUGAGUGCUUGUGUGACCGCAUUUUCUCGGUAGAUCACGAAACGAUUGUAGGGGAAUUCUCGUACGUUUAGGAGAAGCCCAUCGAAGAAGAAUCGGAGAUAAUCGAGUGUCGACGGCGAUAUACAACAAAAGGGAGUUGAUCAAGUGGGCGAUCUUCAUGGUGCGGAUCAUCGUCUUCUGCUGGUUAGAAGAAAGUUGUGCGCUCAGUGUCAAGAUUAUCUUUAAUCGUGAAACAAUUUAAGAAGAUGUGUGUCCGGGUUUUGCAGAAAUUCUCGUUCUAACCAAUAUCCAGCACCGUAGUGGUAUUGCGUCAACGGACAAACCGGACCGGGGUUUAGGUUUGGGAUGUGCAGUCCGCAACCGGAACGCAAUAGAAAGGUGCUAUAAAGUGGAUAGUGCAGGUGUGUUUUCCCGAGUUCGUUAUCCAAAAUUCCGAGGAACUGGUUUUCGGUUAAGCAGUGUUGUCGCAUACACAACUUUCGGAAGCAUUUGGACGACUUUAACGCAGACCGGUGGAUGAAAAUGGGCUUGUAGGUUAGUGACAGUAGGCGUGAGCAUACCUAUCAGUUCCUGCUUUUGUAGCUCAGUACGGUCCGAGACGUCAGUAAGGAUGUACGGGAGGAUAUUCGCCUGUCUGUUGGUCCUGUUCGGGGUGCGGUCCAGUGUGUGUAGUUUGCCGUGUGAUUUCAUCGAUUCGGUUAACAUCACGGACGGGGAGCGAUUACCGAAUGGUGAGAUCCGUCAUAAUGGGGUGAUCUAUAACCAGACGUACUACCGUACGAUCGACUAUGAGUAUGAAGACUUUGCCACGAAGAAGUACGUGGCGGAAUAUAUUCGCGGGUGUUUGUGUGCGGUUCGGAUAUGUGUGCGGUUGUGCUGUGGUGAGCAUGAGUUCCUUGGUAAAGGCUGUGAGCGCUCGGAUAAAUACUUACCGAUCAUGGUGAAUGUUAGUGCGACGGAAAAGGACGAUCUGCGCAACCUGUCCCAGUACGGCUUUCUGUAUGGGAAGCCGUGUGGACAGGUGUAUGAGCUGCUACCAGAGGAAAACCCGGCGGAUGAGUGGAAUAUUGCAAGGAACGGAAGCCUUAUCAUAGCGGAGGAUACGCUUAUUCCACGCAACCAGUACUGUUUAGCGCCCAGAGCGAAUAAAACCCUCGCCUCCGGACUCGUUUGCUUCACGUCGAAUGAAGAGUUCAAGUACAAUCUCUAUCCGGUCGGCAUGCUGCUGUCGGUACCGUUCCUGCUGCUUACCUUCUUCGUGUACGCCUGCAUACCGGAUCUGCGGAACAUGCACGGCAAAUCGCUGAUGUGCUACGUGUUGGGCUUGAGCGUCGGUUACACGGUUCUGUCGAUGGUGCAGCUAAGCGUCUUUCCCGGUUCGAGCGCGUCCUGUGUGAUCUCGGGCUAUAUCGUUUACUUCUCGUUCAUGGUUAGCUUCUUCUGGCUGAACGUGAUGUCGUUCGACAUCUACUGGACGUUCAAGGGCGUCACGGGUGUUCGCAGCUCGGAAACGAAGAAAUUUCUGCUCUACUCACUGUACGCCUGGGGCUGUCCGAUCCUGCUGACCGCGUCAGCCAUUACGGCGGAUAACACCGAUUUCUUGCCACAAUAUCUGCGACCACAGUUUGGUACGACCAGGUGUCUAUUUGUUGAAAAUAAAUUGAUCGAGUUCCUGUACCUGUACAUGCCGUUGCUGAUUCUGGUGUUCAUGAAUGUGGUGUUUUUCGUAAUAACUGCUCUACGCAUUUACAAAAUACAGUGCGAAACGUCGGUAGUUCGUCGAGGUGACUCAAAACGCCACACCAAGCUGGACAAUGAUCGUGAUAGAUUUGGACUCUACCUGCGACUUUUCAUCGUGAUGGGUGUCACCUGGUCGUUGGAAAUCAUCUCAUGGGCCGUGGAUAACAACGCUUGGAUCUUUUACGUUUCGGACGUGUGCAACUGCAUCCAAGGAUUUCUCAUUUUCGCACUAUUUGUGCUGAAGCAGAAAAUUAAACGAUUAAUCUACAAAAAGUUCGGUAUCCGGGAAAUCAAACAGGAACAAAAGAUGUCAUCCUGCAGUACAAGAACAACGGCUACCAUGGUUUCGUCCUACCAGGAGUCUAAAUCGGAAAAUCCACUGGUCACACAAUCGUCGAACGUGAUGUAAACGACCUGGCCAGCGAACAAAGACGGUAUGGCGUUAUGACUUCUUCGAGCAAAAUCUCAUAUUCGAUGCCGGAAGCGCACUGCAAAAGUCGCGAAACAAUUUAAGCCACUGGGCCAUUUGCUAACCAAAGAACCUGAAUCCUGUGACGCGUGUGACAGUUGGGCAUAUUUCUACAUAUUUUUCCCAAGCUACUGGCGUUAUUAUGGGCCUUCGUACAAGCUCCUUCUAGGGUACGAUCACUAGCGACUUUGGUGAUCGUUUUUAGACCAGCACAAACAAAACAGUAUUUCUUAGUAGUUUUAGUACAAAGCUAGUGUUUUUGGAAUAGUGAAGGAAACAGGCGGAAUGGACAUUAACUCAAAUCUACCUCACAGCGGAUGGUAAAAUGGGACAGAGAAAAGUUCAGUAACUGUUGCACACAUAGCGAGGUGAAUAGAAAGGAAUGUGACAGAAAUUGGUAAGAAUGUGACGUAGUUCAUAAAUAUACUUAGCUGUUAUGACAAAAAAUGACCACUUAACAAUAUAAAAAAAAGAAAUAAACAAAGCAUGAAAUAUCAAAACAUAA